AAUGAGUAUUUUAGCUGGAGAGGAUGGACUCUAGCGACGGAAAAGCGAAGCAAAUGUUCAGGACCGUUUGCCCAGGAGACCAGUGGAAACUCCCAGCACAUGAGAGGCUUUAAAAAAAAGAAAAGGGGGAAAAAAAAAAACAACAAAGCCGACGGCGUCCGCAACCAACGGACAAGCUGGCCUGAAUCCGAAGGGUUGACGGGGCUGCCUUUACCUCACAAAAGAAACGGCGUGGAUUCCCGUUGCUUUGACUCUUGAAUUUUGUAACAGUUGCUUUGUUACGUCUCAGCGUGUUUAACGGCUGGGGAAGAGUAAUCCGCGUGGGUCUGGGAUGGUCUCUAUUACUUGACUUUAAGAGACUUGAAGCAGGCCAGAUUUCUCAGGUCAUUGCCAAAUUCUGCAUAAGGAAGAUUUUUGACAUUUUUCCUUCAGCAAAUUGCCAGGUUUGGAGAUGGCCUUUAUGAUUCCUACAUGAGAAUAGAUCAGAUUAGAUAUUCAGAUCCUGCAAAAGAAGAAUGUACCCCUUCUGUAUUUCCUGCACUGGGAAGACCUAAUGUAACUAGUAACACAAUCACAAUGAAAGAUCAUCCUUUAAGUGGGAGCCAGGUCAAAGUUGAGCAGUUGUUUGAAGACUCUGGCAACAGAAGGAGCAGUACUCUACAGUCCUCUGGAAUAAAUGGCUCUGAAAGGUCUUUUCCAACUCCAGCAAAAGAUAAAAGCUUUGACAGCCUAACUACUACCAAAAAUAGUGGUGGCUCAACAAAAGUACAGAAAACUAAUGGUCAGUCUCCAGAUCAAAUACUGAAACAAUACAAAUCGCAAUUAACAGCCUAUGAGCAACAAGAAAUAUUUAACUACUCUGAAAUUUAUUUUGUGGGUCCAAAUGCAAAGAAAAGGCAAGGAGUCAUUGGUGGCCCAAACAAUGGUGGAUAUGAUGAUGAACAAGGCAGCUACAUUCAUGUGCCUCAUGACCAUCUUGCCUAUCGAUAUGAAGUUCUUAAAAUAAUAGGAAAGGGUAGUUUUGGCCAAGUAGCUAAAGUUUAUGACCACAAACAUCACCAGCAUUUGGCCUUGAAGAUGGUACGCAAUGAGAAGAGGUUUCAUCGGCAAGCAGCAGAAGAAAUACGAAUCUUGGAACAUCUCAAGAAGCAAGAUAAAACUGGAAGCAUGAAUGUUAUUCACAUGCUAGAGAGUUUUACCUUUCGAAAUCACAUAUGUAUGACUUUUGAGCUCUUGAGCAUGAAUCUGUAUGAACUGAUCAAAAGAAAUAAAUUUCAAGGUUUCAGUGUGCAGCUUGUACGUAAGUUUGCUCACUCUUUAUUGCAAUGUCUGGAGGCUCUUUAUAAAAACAAAAUCAUCCAUUGUGACCUGAAACCUGAAAAUAUUCUCCUAAAGCAGCAAGGGCGGAGUGGAAUCAAAGUUAUUGAUUUUGGAUCCAGCUGUUUCGAACACCAAAGAGUCUAUACUUAUAUACAGUCUCGUUUCUACAGAGCCCCAGAAGUCAUUUUGGGAAGCCGUUAUGGAAUGCCCAUAGACAUGUGGAGUUUUGGUUGCAUUCUUGUGGAACUAUUGACUGGUUAUCCUCUCUUUCCAGGAGAGGAUGAGGGUGACCAGCUAGCUUGUAUGAUGGAACUCCUUGGAAUGCCCCCACAGAAGCUGCUGGACCAGUCCAAACGAGCCAAAAACUUCAUCAACUCAAAAGGUCAUCCUCGCUAUUGCACUGUAACAACACAGGCAGAUGGGAAAAUGACUCUUAAUGGCAGCAGAUCACGCAGGGGUAAAAUGCGUGGUGCUCCAGGCAACAAGGACUGGAUUACAGCAUUAAAAGGCUGUGAUGACCCCUUGUUCAUAGAGUUCUUAAAAGAAUGUCUUAACUGGGAUCCCUCAGCACGGAUGACUCCUAGCCAAGCUUUAAGGCAUCCUUGGAUUUGUAAACGAGUACCUAAGCCACCCAGCAUGGAUAAAACAACAGGCAAACGGAUUGCUCAUUAUACAAGCUCUUUCCCAGGGAUAGGUUCCAGAUUGCCCCCAGUUGUUGGGGUAGCCAGCAAAUUGCGAGCUAAUCUAAUGUCUGACUCAAAUGCCAAUAUACCUCUAUGUACUGUGCUACCAAAAUUGGUCAGCUAAUAGAGAAUUACAUAUCCCCAGAGUAGAUAUGCUGUGUUUUUAAUUAUCUCCUUAAAAUACAAAAGAUGUAGAGGUCUGAAAAAAAUAAUUUUUAUUGAGCACUAAAUCUUGUAUUAAAAAAAUCAAAACAUAAGCAUUAUAAGGGCUAUGAUUGUUUUAUCAAGUUGUUUCAGAUGGAAUGUGAUGCCUGUUACAUCACUUCUGAUAAGUCAGCACAUUUGUUCAGUGAAGUUACACACUGUGAAACAGAUGGAUUUUAUAGCGCUGUUGUAAUAAAACUCAAAAACCACUUCUCAUGCGGACAGUCUCAGCAGACAAUUUGCUGCAAGCCACUUUGAAGAUAAGCUAUGCAUUUGGUUGAUCAACUAGUGAAUGCAUCACAGAAUGCUGGUCAAAAAGCACAAAUUUUACUCUCUUUUUGGUUACUCUUGUAAGUUCAAUUAUUGAGUGCCAGCUGUCAAUGUUUGGGAAGCCUUUUGUCACUGAAGGACCCUCCUUCAAAUUACUUGCAGUCCAUGGCAAUAAAGCACUCAUAAGAAGAGUAGGUGUUGACACAGGACUAUGAAAAGACUGGUCUUUGGGCUCUAGGUCUAACUCAGGUGGUUCUAUUUCUGCAUCUGAUCAUGCUACAUUCAAUUAAUUGGCCUUUCAUCUCUGCAGUAGUCAGAAUCUCCAGAAAGAGUUUGUUGUCUUUCAGCCUAAGUUGCUUUGAAUUGCACAAAAUUCCUUGAAGCACAAACUCUUGUUUUAGUCAUGCAGGUUUCAAGUCUCUACCAAAAGUAUGGACAAGGUAGAAAUACCAGUAACUUAAGAUGACAGUGCCUGUUGUCUCUGAGUAACUCACAUAAGCAGACUGAUGUUUCAGAACUGUUGUGCAGUAAAAUGUAAUGAAUGGCAUCUGAAUACUAGAAAAAUAAAGUAGCAGAUAUAUUUUAAUGAUAAAUCCAAGCUUGCUUCUGAAAUUCACCCCUCCAAGCUCAGUUGCUUCUUAAUCCUCAACACCUGAUCUUUUGCCAAGCCUCAUAGAUGAUGAGACAUAUUUUGUGGAAAUAUUGUUCAAACCUAGCAGAUAUCCCUGAAUGAAACUGCUUGCUGAGAGAAGGAAUUCUUAGUGUCCAAGGCCAAAGACAUAAUUGGUCAAACCUUGGGUCUGAUGUCAACCAGUUGGUUAACUACAGCAACUGAUCUUAACAAUAAUUUAUAUUCUGUUUUCUGCAUUUGGUCACAUUCAUUUGUUGACCUGUUCAGAGACUAUUAAUAGCUUAUAAAUCUUAUAAUGUAAUAUAAUUGCCAACCACUGAGAGACAAAAUUGCUUCAUUAUUUUGUCAUGAAUGUUACUUGGAACAUACCAUAAGACUAUUUAUUCUGUUCUCUAAAGUCCUGCCUAUCUUAAAUUAAGAUGACUUUCACUUGUAGUUGUAAUGUGUAUUUCAAUUUGCAUUUGAAUUAGUUAUUUGUACACAAGUUACAAGUGCCAUGUCAUAUACUCUUAUCACAAAUGACUUUUAUUUGAAUAGAAGUUUGCUUUUGUAUAACGUUGCAAAGCAUUGAUGAUAGACCUUUAUAACUGGGCAAAUGUGAGAAUUAUAUUUUCAGACACCUCAGUUAUUCAGGUACUUCACCCACAUAUUACCCUGAUUCAAAAUAAAAUAACUUAAAUUUCCCUGUGUGUCAUCAGAGUGCGAUAAAAUAUGUAUCCACAUGAGGUUCUAAUUUGAUACAUUGUUAAUUUUGCAAAUCUAACAACACUUAUAAUUAUCACAGUAUAGAUACAGCCAUUUUAUUGAUUGGAAUCCUUAAGAUAGCUCAUAGACAAAAGGAUUCUUAGGAGGAAAUAUUGUGAGUGGAGAAAAGAAGAAUGUAAUAAUGGAAUCCUGUAUGUGUCCAGCUCAAAAGUUAGCCCCGUUGAGUUUAACAGGUGUUACACCUAGCUAACUACAACAUGUAAAGGAUUACAGCCAAAGGGAACUUGUACUGCAGCGAAGUAUUUUUAUGUCCUCAGAAGCAAAAAAGCUGGAUGCCUCUAUUUGAAUUUUUGUAGCUAUAACUGAACUUCAUAGGACUGAAAUUAAAAUGACAAUUUAAUGUUCCUGCAUGUAGAUAAACUUCAUAGGAGUUGGGUGGUGUCAGAGACCUACUGAAAUCUCAAUAUAUGUGUUAUAUUGACUUGUUAUCUUAAAAUACUCUCUAUGAACUAUAUGGCCAAUUGAUAGUGGUGUUUGCAGAAAGCAACCAGCUUUGAAAUUGCUUCACUACUAUGGUUAAAUAGGCUUUAUCAAAAGCAGUGAUAAUGUCUUUGUGGUAGUGUCUUAUAUUUUUGUUCUCUGUGUUAACAAACCUGACAAAUCCAAAUUGGUUUCCCAGUCAUUACAGGCUGCACUCAAUCUUUGCUGUGAUAGUAAAUGUAAAUUUACCACCUAUCUGCCUAAAGUUUUUUAUAUCAGGAGAAUUAAAUAUAGAAUUCAUCAUGGUCCUAUAUGCUUUAUUUUUUACAUGUACUGUGUUGCAUGCGUUAAAUCACUAUAUGUAAGAGGUAAUGACUAUAAUGGUUUGAAAUAAGCGCAUAAGAUAUUAGUAUUGCAGAUUAGGGAAGAAAGUACAUAUGGAAUUUUCUGCAAGACACGAAAGGUGCACUCCCAUGCCCUGCCAACAUUGUUGGAGGGGGGCAGCAUAGGAUUAUUUGAAGUCCCAGUUCCAAGAUCCUGUGAUCUUGAAGAUGGGGAUCCAAAAGUCAGUCCUCCCCCACAGUUCCAAUCAGCCUGGAAAGAACUGCUGGCUGUUCUUUUGCAACCCCAUGGUUUGCAAAUGUUCAUUGCAACCCCACAGUUGCAGAUGAGCCUCAGAGUGGAGAAAGAAGGGUGCAAUGGGGAGAGGGGAGGCUUCAGCCAAAGACUUGAUUCCUAAUGACCUCUCAGCCUCCUUCAGUAGUCAGUUAGAUACAGGUUGGGGUGUGAGGCACAGCAGGGCCUUGUUCUGAGGCUUAUCCACAUUUAGGGCAAGGUUAAUAGGGCUGUGUCCUUUAUUUUUACUGCCUUUUGGUACUGCACAAUAGCCAAAGGCCUUUAGGUAGUUCACAAAUGUUAAAAUAUAAAAUACAUUAAUAAGAUCAUUUUAAUUUAAUUUUACUUAAAUACAAAAUUAAAAGAUGCUGUCUUAAGAGUCAGUUGCAUAUUUAUAGUUCAGUAUAGUUAUCAUCUUGCUAUCAUUUUCUUUCUGUCACCUGUCCUAUGAAACACUAACAUUAGAUUUUCCCAAGGAUAGCUAUGAACUGUUUAAAUUUAUUAAAGUGACAUCUGUGGCUUGUUAAUAUCUUGUAUUGGUUUCAGUAAAGCUCACUUAUCUGCACUUAUGUAGUUAAGUCACCAGGAUUGAGAUCCAGUCCACUUGGGAAGUGAAAUAAACUCUUGAUAAAACUUUUAUCACCCUUUAAGCUUAAUAAUAACAAUAGCAAAUGCAUUUGUUUUCUUUAGAAUGGUAACUGUCAAGGCAUCCUGUCCACUGUCAGUUUGACUGAAAAGAAACAAAUGAUGAGCUCUGCUAAUUCCAGGAGAACAAGCAAAAGGCUGACUGUGCACCCAGGGUUUUAUGUUGAAAGGGCUUGGCUGCAAAAGUUCCCUUGUCUGGAAUAGAUCAAUAGAAAUGUGGGAAUGAAGAGCUUAAAUGUAUCUUGAAUGAUUUGUACUACUUAGUCGGUAAAGAGCAAAAGCAGAUGCUUAACCUAAAAGAAUCUGUAAUCUUCUAUUCCAAUUAGUCUUUUUUAUAGAGUUGCUUGGACUUCAAUCCUCCUUUCUGAUAAAGGAGAUCGAUAACUUUG